CUUGUUAGGAAUGACAUCCCUGAACAAUAAUCAUCAUACCGUCGAUAGUGAGAUACCUAAGCCUGUUACUGAUCUACACAUGGAUGAACAGUACUCUGCAGAUUUUAAGUUUUAGCCAAUGCAGACACUUCGGUCGGACCGUUCACCACCCCGGUAGUUGAGCACUAAUACCAAUACUAUACCAAUACUAGACAUCAAGCUGAUAGUACGGCAUGAUCCAGCAGUAGAUGCACAUUUUGACUGAAACGAGAUAAAAUGCGGCCAUCGCCACGUUCGACAACCAUCCCCUAGUACUACUCGGAUAUCAGAAAAAAAUCCAGAACGAUUUUUCCGUUUGAGCAACUUUCUGUGGUUAGGUUUUGCACCAUUUGGUUGUGCUCUUUCAGGGUUCCACGCAGCCAUGGAUCAGCUUCCGACUUGUGCACUGACAUGUCUUGUAUCUGCCAUACAAGCUUCGUCUUGUAGCAUGGCAGACACCAGCUGUCAGUGCACCAACCAGGAGCUCAAUUCUCUCGUGGAAACGUGUGUGCUCAACCGUUGCACGCUACAAGAAGCUUUGUUUACCAAGAAUAUCACCCAGACAAUUUGUGGUGCUCCAAUACGACACCAACCUGCAAACUAUUUGGCCAUCUCUGUCAGCUUGAUGGGAAUUGCAACUGUCCUUGUGCUCACGCGGCUGGCGUUCAAGAGGCUCUUCACUUCAAAUGGCAUCACUCUCGACGAUUGGCUCAUCCUCCUCACAUGGCUGGCAUGUAUUCCUAGCAGCGUAUCCAACCACUUGCUGCUGAUGGGCAAUGGUCUCGGAAGGGACAUUUGGACGUUACCGACCGAGUCUCUGACGCAUUUUGCCCUAGGCUUCUGGCUCAUGGAGCCGUUCUACUUUUUCGAAGUUUCCGUUCUCAAACUUUCCAUGAUCGCAUUUUAUGCCAAAAUCUUCCCAGGAAAGAACACACGCCAGCUUCUGCUAUGGACGGCGGUGUUUGAUGUUCUCUUCGGGGCGGCGUUUAUCCUCGUCGUCUUCGGUCAAUGCAUACCACUUAACUUCUUUUGGACGCAAUUCCAAGGAAAAGAAGGCAAGUGCAUCAACAUUGGUGCGGCGGCUUGGUCGAAUGCGGCUGUCAGUGUAGCCCUAGAUGUAUGGCUGUUGGCCAUACCCCUAUAUCAACUGCGGAAACUCCAGUUAAGCGUGUGGAAAAAGGUCGGGGUCGCACUGAUGUUCUGCGUUGGAUCUUUUGUUACGAUCAUCAGUGCAAUCCGUUUUGCUGCGCUCAUUCAAAUGCAAAAUUCAACAAACCUGACAUGGGAUUAUUAUCAUGUGGUCAUGUGGUCAACGGUUGAGGUUACCGUUGGCAUCAUGUGUACCUGCAUGCCUACGAUGCGCUUGGUAUUGGUUCGGUGUGCGAGACAUAUUGGUGGCACAACCUCUCAAAACUAUACUCAUUUUAACCAAGAUUCAAAAUCGGGACCUGGCUCAACAGCAACCUGGAAAUCAACCGAGGUAAUGCUCAUUGAGAAUGUAGAGCGCGGGCAGAUAGCUAUACCUCAACCGACACAUUUUAAGAUGUAGACGAGGGAUGCCAUAGACAUGAACCCAGAUCUUUGCCAGUUGUAUAUAUGCGUCUUCACUGUGAGCAUGACCAACAUGGAAUGCUCCACAAAAGAAAAAAGAAAAUGCUUCUUGAAAAAAA